AUGUCCCGCGCCCAAGAUGCUGUCGGCAUUCUGCGUGGCCUACGAUUGGUGGCCGAUGCGAUAGCCAAAACGCAGGGCCAAUACGCCGAGCACGUAUGGGCAAAUUCGAGUGUCCGGGAACUGAUCGAACAACAGAUGGUGGCCGGAGAACAGACCAUUAAGCAAGUGCUGGAUAAUCCAUCGAAAGAGAUGGAGAAAGCGGGAGGAGUACUGCGCGAAACCAUCGAACGUACGGCGGUGGUAGCGGAAGGAUUGCGUCAGCUUACGGUGGCCGCUCUGCCGAAGGUUGGCCCCCUUUCGGCCGAUGGAAUACUGAAACAGCGAACGCAUGCAAGCACUGGUGACGGAGCUUUGCCAUCCUCGGAAGGUGCAGGCGAUAUCGGCAGCUUGGACAUUUCCAAAAUAACGCUAAAAGAACUGGAAUCGAUUCUGUCCGAGCACAGCAAAAACCGAGAAGUACGGUUGAGUUUAGAAAACACCAAACGCACUGCAAGCCAACAAACAGCAGAAGCAGCACCCGCCACAACCGUUCAUAAUAACGAAUCCCAAGCGCAACCAACAGAAAGUCUACAAAAUGUCCUUCCUAAGCCAGCGGAGACCGAACGUUCUUCGACUCCUUCGAAGGGUUUAGCGCAAGACGAGAAGCAGAUCAAAAGCAUGAUGCAGUUUGUGUCUUCGUACGAUCAAUCAACGAUCAAGCACGAAUCGAAACCUUCGAACCCAAUCGAACUACCCCAGCUGAGCACCGUUGCCAAGCAACGCAAGGUGCCCUCAUCACGCGUGGCUCGAUUAGCUUCGUUCGGUGGACUGUUUGCCGGUCUGGGGCUGGGCACGGCAAACGAGCUGGCCAAAGGAGCGCUCGGAAUCGGUGGCACGCUGGACGUGAAGCAAGCCCUGUUCAGCCCAACUAAUGCCGAACGCAUCGUGGAUACGCUCUGCAAAGUCCGAGGUGCCGCUCUAAAGCUGGGACAGAUUCUGAGCAUACAGGACUCGAACAUUGUCUCGCCACAGCUGGUGAAGGCUUUCGAGCGUGUCCGGCAAGCGGCCGACUACAUGCCCGACUGGCAGGUGGAAAAGCAGCUCGUCUCCGAACUGGGGCCCGAGUGGCGCUCGAAGUUGGCCACCUUCGAUCAGAAACCGUUCGCUGCCGCUUCGAUCGGACAGGUACACCGAGGGGUGCUGAAGGAGACUGGCACGGAGGUGGCCAUCAAAAUACAGUACCCGGGGGUAGCCAGAAGUAUCGAGAGUGACAUCGAUAAUCUCGUAUCGAUGCUGAAAGUUUGGGACGUGUUUCCGGCCGGAGUAUUUAUCGACAAUGUGGUUGCCGUGGCCAAACGGGAACUGGCCUGGGAAGUGGACUACACUCGAGAAGCCGAAUACACGGAACGCUUCGGGCAUAUGAUUCGGCACAUGCCCGAGUACCGGGUGCCGGUGGUGAUCAAGGAAUUAACCUCAGCGAACGUAUUAACGACGGAACUAGUCCCGGGGGUGCCAAUGGAUCGAUGUUUUGACCUAAGUCAAGAGCACCGCGACCACAUAGCGUACUGUGUGAUGAAGCUGUGCCUUAACGAGCUGUUCACCUUCCGGUGCAUGCAAACGGAUCCGAACUGGUCCAACUUCCUGUACGACGAACCAACGAAGCGCCUCAUGCUGAUCGAUUUCGGGGCCACACGCUUCUACCAGAAAGCGUUCAUGGACGAUUACUUGCGCGUCAUAAUGGCGGCCACCAAAAACGAUCGCCAGAAGAUUUUGGAGCUCUCGCGAAAGAUGGGAUUUCUUACCGGCUACGAAACGCCCGCCAUGGAAAAUGCGCACAUCGAUGCUGUGUUGAUACUGGGGGAAAUAUUCAGCGUGCCUGGAGAGUUCGAGUUUGGCCGGCAGAGUACGACGAAGAAAAUUGCGGCCCUGGUGCCGGUGAUGGUCGCACACCGAUUGUGUCCACCGCCCGAGGAGAUCUACUCGCUGCACCGAAAGCUGUCCGGGGUGUUUCUGCUGUGUGCCCGGCUUAACGCCAAAAUCGACUGUAAACCGAUCUUUAACGAAGUGAUGCAGAAUUACAAAUUCGAUUGA